GCAUUUAAAAUAGGCCCUCAAAAUGUUUGUGCAUUGUGUUCAUUCACUAUGGACAUUAUGAGGCUCAAUGCCUCGCUGACAAACACACUCGACAUUGAAUUCGGUUUCACAUUCACAUCUGAGUCCGAGUGUAAGCAGGACUGACCCAGCUGCAGUGGCAGACAUAACUGGAUGUUAACGAGAGGAACUGGGUGUGUGUGUGUGUGUGUGUGUGUGUGUGCCGUCUGCUCGGUCUCUGUUGGGCUUCAGGCUGAGAAAACCCUCCAGCGCUCCUGGAGAAUGCUAUGGAUUAAUCAUUAUAUUGGAAAACCACUGCACAGAAUGACUUCUGUUCUUCUAUGAGACAAACAUUAUACUUUGAUUUCCCCAAUGAUGAUAAAAAUGAUGCUUCCUGAGCUGGACACCUGACAUAUUAUCUUAAAAUGCGAGAGGAUGGAUAGCGCAACCAGCCCCGCGUCAGAGUCUGGUCUCUCCAAUGGGUUCGUCAAUAGCGUGUUCAAUGUUUCCAUUGACGAAGAGAGCAAGGCUGAGAUCUCAUGGAUCCCAGAGUGCAAUUCCUCAGACUGCAUUAUUCCCGGUCAGACGCUCAGAAGAGAAAAACAGGAAGCGGUCCUGCGCUCCAGGACGGCAGCCUUCUGGAGGAUCCUGCAGCGCCGCAAGACCCCCUCGGGUCCGGACAGAAGACCUCACUCCGUCAUCCUCCCCGGGGAAGCGUCCUUCCUCAAGCUGUCCAUCACUAACAAAGUCAGGGUCUUCAAGAAACUAAAGUCCCCUUCUGUAUUUAGAGGGAAAGCCGGUAAGAUUUCUGAUGCCAAAUCCAGCACUGACCUUAAAGACGAGUCUGAUGAUGCGUACAUGUGCAAGGACUCUCCUUCUUCAGACUUCAAGCAUGUGUUUAGGAAUAAAGCCAAGAGACAUUCAUUCGCAGGACACACUGCAGACUUCUACUGUUCGUUUGAGGACCUCGACCCCGCUGGAGCCCCGGACAACAUCCAGCAAGAGAACAAAGACACGGUUAGCAACCAAAAUGGGUUUAAGUUGUCAGAAAGAGUCAUUUAUACAAAGAAAUCUCACCCCAGAUUCUCAAACUGCAAUAAUUCGACAGAACAGGAAGACUGCUGUGUGAAGCAAAGCCUCGAGAUACCUCAAAGAAGACGCUGGUCCAGGAGGGGUGACGUUUUGAGUUACCUGAGAGGAAUUUCCCUCAAAGGAAAGGGAAAUCAGACGUUGGCAGAGAGUAGUUUUGAGUCGAUGAAUGCCUUGGACAAAACCAUUGAUUCUGACUACGGCUCGGUCAACUUUGAACUGGUCAAGGAUUUGAACUCUGCACCUGAGCAAACGGGGGUCGAUGGCAAAAGCAGCCAUUUUCGAGGACUUCUCCGAUUUUUCAACUCCGUGGCUGAGACUGCAAUGAAAUGGAGAAACUCAUCCCGCUCGUUCUCCCCGCCUGAAGGUCAGCAGUCACCUCCCGGACUGAGAGAGACACAGGAGACCGGAGAACUCGUGCCUUUGACAGUCAGGAGCAGCGAGCAGAAAGCUGAAACCUCAGGUCAAGGUAAACCCACGUUAUCUGCUGACACGAGCAAUGCGGUCUCGCCUGUCAAUGGCAAGGUGGAUUGCUCUCCUCCUUUGGUGCUGAAGGCCUGGAGAACAUGCCCAGACUCUCCGAGAGAUAACACUUCCCUGUGUAAUAACUCGGAUGAAUCACAGUCCCAGCUCAGCUCAACUCACAUCUCUCUAGCCACCAUCGAGAGCCACCCCAGAUCUGAAGAACAAGAGCCACCAACAGAGACACAGACUGGCUUUGAAAACACAGUGAUCUCACAUCACUCAUCUAGCAAAACUAUUGAUGAAAACCAAGAUGUUUGCAUGGAUAGCAAACAGAUGAACUGCCCGGAGGAUGUAUUUAAGACCCUGUGGCGGCCCCGGGGCCAGUCUCCUGCAGAUCCUCCUCUCAAAGCUCUGCUCCAGCGGUGUCGCUCUCUGCCACUGCCCAGCACACUGUCGGCCCUGGAGCCCAUGACCCUCACACACAUGCUCACUCCUCCAGCUAAAACCAUGGCUAAAUCAGUCGUUCUCCGCAUGAGGAACAGCAGCACUGGAUCUAACAGACAGAAGCGGUUUCGACCAGGAUCUGGACCACUGCACAUCAACAUGCUGAUCAGCGGAGGUUCGGUGGUCAGCGCGGAGGCAGUAUGGGAUCACGUCACCAUGGCCGAGAGGGAGCUGGCCUUCAAGGCUGGAGACGUCAUCAAGGUCCUGGACACCUCCAAUAAAGACUGGUGGUGGGGUCAGAUGGAUGAGGAGGAGGGCUGGUUCCCCGCCAGCUUCGUGAGGGUCGAUCCCCACCCUCCUCAACCUUACACAAAACCAGUUUUCUAUAUCAACCCUAUAGCAACUCCAAGGUUCCAUAACACAACAGCAAAGCUGUGGGUUAACCAGGAAAGUGCAGCCACAGAGUCAGCGGAGGGAGGCGGCGAGGUACAGAACGGACACAGCGACUCCAGCAACGGCUGUCUGUGCAUCGGACAAGCGCUGCAGAACCGGGACCAGAUGAGGGCCAACGUGAUCAACGAGAUCAUGAGCACUGAGCGCCACUACAUCAAGCACCUGAAGGACAUCUGUGAGGGAUACUUGAGGCAGUGUCGAAAGAGGAUCGACAUGUUCAGUGACGACCAGUUGAAAGUCAUUUUUGGAAACAUCGAGGAUAUCUACAGAUUUCAGAUGGGAUUUGUGCGGGACUUGGAGAAACAGUACAACAUCGAGGAGCCCCAUCUCAGUGAAAUCGGACCGUGUUUUCUGGAACAUCAAGACGGUUUCUGGAUCUAUUCAGAGUACUGUAACAACCACCUGGAUGCCUGCAUGGAGCUGUCCAAGCUGAUGAAGGACGGCCGCUAUCAGCACUUCUUCGAAGCCUGUCGCCUGCUCCAGCAGAUGAUCGACAUCGCCAUCGACGGCUUCCUCCUCACACCUGUGCAGAAGAUCUGCAAGUACCCUCUACAGCUGGCCGAGUUACUGAAGUACACCGCACAGGACCACAGUGAUUACCGUUAUGUGGCAGCAGCGCUCGCCGUCAUGAGGAACGUCACGCAGCAGAUCAACGAGCGCAAGAGAAGACUGGAGAACAUCGACAAGAUGGCACAGUGGCAGGCCUCGGUGCUGGACUGGGAGGGUGAUGAUAUCCUGGACAGAAGUUCGGAGCUGAUCUACACGGGCGAGAUGUCGUGGAUCUAUCAGCCGUACGGCCGGAGUCAGCAGAGAGUCUUCUUCCUCUUCGAUCAUCAGCUCGUCCUCUGCAAAAAGGACCUGAUCCGCCGGGACAUACUGUACUAUAAAGGGCGCAUCGACAUGGAUCGCUACACGGUGAGAGACGCCAUCGAUGGACGGGACGACGACUUUAAUGUCAGCGUGAAGAACGCCUUCAAGCUGCACAACAGAGACAGCGAGGAGAUCCACAUCUUCCUGGCCAAGAAGCCGGAGGAGAAGAUCCGCUGGCUGAGGGCUUUCCACGAGGAGCGCAGGAUGGUGCAGGAGGAUGGGAAGAUCGGGUUUGAGAUUUCUGACUAUCAGAAGCGCCAGGCUGCCAUGACGGUGCGUAAAGUGUCCAGACAGAAAGGUGAGGCGGCCAGGAGACACCAGGUGUGAGCCGGAGCAGGUGUGUGUCCCCGACGGACCCCUCACGCUCUCCCAUGACUCUCCACAGACAGAUCCAGUCCACCUACACCUCUCCAAAUCAGGACAACCUCCCUUCUGGCAACACUUCAAUACGAUGACUAGUUCACUCUGUGUCUGAACGCUCCCAGCGAUGAACUUGACGCUCAAGUGUAUUUAUUAUGGACCCUACAAUCUCCAUGAACCUCAGUGACAAUCAGCAGCGGAUGCGAUCGCACCCGGACGCUCACGUGUGUGACACUACUCCAGCCGAACUGACCAGCAGAUGACACGUGUCUCAGACCGUACACUACAAACUAAGACUGAACACACAGUUAUCAGUCAGAUCGUCUAAACAGGGUAUUGCUCCUAGUUCACAGAGCUGAUUCUGUCCGUCUGAGGAACACACUUUGACAAUAUGAUCAUCCUAGUGUUCACAAUCUCCUCUCAUGCUCUCCUCCAUCACACACGACUGAACUCAUUUCAUAUGAUAAAUAUAGAUGUUUUUGUAUGUCUAUGAGAGGUCAAGUAGAAUUUUGAAUUUGCCUCCAAAGGGGGUUAUUUUUGAUUGUAUGAUAUGAUUACAUAAGUACUCGGUAGUAAGCACACUGAAAACAAUUCAUAUGCUUUGUUAUUUGAGUUUUUGUUCAUUUGUAAUAGCUACACUAAAGACUAUUUAUUAUUGUAGUUAAUGGCAAUUAAUGAGCAGGUGUAAUGCACACAACACCUGGGCCGUAAUAUAUGUAUAUAUAUAUAUUUAUAUCACAACCUCAGACUACUGCUGUGCACAGAGAGUGCACUACACAUGUACUGAUGCUCGUGAGAAGAAGUCUAUCUGAAGUUAACAGUAGCUGAAUGUGACUAGUGUAGUGUAGGAGCUCUGUCCUGCUCUCUUAUGAACAACAGUUCACUCAAACCUUCAGUCCUUCUCCUUUAUUUCUGAUCACAUCCCAUGCAAUGAUCAGGCCAUGGCACAUCUAAUGUUGUGUGAUUGAUCACAAUACCUUCAUAGCAUUCCUAUUGCUGCUGGCAUCCUCAAAUUAAUGAUCAUAUUUGUUCAGCAUCUUUUUUUUUAUCAGGUUUAAAGCUCCCCGUGAAUCAUUUCUUGGUGAUAGAUGAAUGAACAGAUUACAUUAGGCACAGUGGGAAGUGAGUGUUUGUAGGAUACGAGCUCAUGUCUGUAGACACAUCGAAGCAGGUCUGUGAUUAACUCAUAGCUAUAUAAUCUAAUCUAUUGGUGUUCAGUAAUAAUGCACUUCUUUAGUUACUUUCUUAUGAAUGUUUAGUAUGAAUUUACAUUUUGUCGGCUGUAACGAUGUGCUAUGUUUUAAAGUAAAGAGUGAAAAUGGACUUGUACUUUAUGUUGUUUUAAUUUAAAAGACUGUAAAUGACUACAUACAGGUCGCACGAGACAAGUUCAGCUAGAGAUUAGAUAUAUUUCUUCUUCUGAAUACAAUUAGAAAGGAGCAUUCUCACGCAAAUGACAAAAAAAACAAAACAAAUGAAUCGCUGAUGAAAUGACCUUUGAAUAUUCUCAUGUCAGAAAUGAAAUAAAUAAAAAGAGAGAAAAGAAUUAACCACAGUUAUGAUGUUCAAGUAAAUUUAGAUUAUUUGCAGUUAUUUGUAUGUUUGAAUACAGAAAUAACACUGUAAAUAAAUUGAUAUUAAAAACAAGAGAA